CUAACGGUGAAGAUAAGUUAGCAACAAUUUAUGUUAGUGCUCUAAAUUAUAAGGACUGGAACAAUAACAUGAAGAAAAGGGUUCCAUGGUCUAGCGGUAUGACGUCUCUCUCACCCAGAGAAGGUCUCGAUGAUAUGUUUAAUCCAAACGUGCCAAGGUUUGGUGGUGUUAUGGCAGGUUUAGGAAUGUCAGGACAACAGGGUGGUGGUAUCCAAAAUACAGGACAGUUGCCGCUCGGGCUUCCGAUACAAGGGCAACAACAAAGUUCUUUAGACAAGAAUCCUAAUUUACCAGUAAAUGGACCAUUACCAACACAACAGCAGCAGCAACAACAACAUACACAAAAGGUACAGCAAACGCAGUCUACUCUGUUAUACGCACUGCAAGGUUCCAUAGUUGAUGGCGGAUCUAGAGCCUUAGGUGAUGAACAAAUAUAUCAAUGGAUCUCGGAGUUAGUAAAUGGAACCAACAGAGAACGUGCUCUUUUAGAGUUGGGAAAGAAAAGGGAGCAAUACGAUGAUCUUGCACUUGUUCUUUGGAACUCUUUUGGGGUGAUGACUGUGUUGCUUGAAGAAAUAAUAAGCGUUUAUCCAUACUUAAAUCCUCCCGUGUUGACCGCUUCCGUUUCCAAUAGAGUCUGCAAUGCAUUAGCAUUGCUACAAUGUGUUGCGUCUAAUGCCAACACGAGAGGUCUCUUUCUUAGUGCAAACUUCCCUUUAUAUUUAUAUCCAUUCUUGUCUACCUUUGCAAGACAAAGGCUGUUUGAGUAUUUGCGUUUGACAAGUUUAGGGGUGAUUGGUGCCUUGGUGAAGAAUGAUACUCCAGAGGUAAUCAAUUUUUUGUUAUCAACAGAAAUUGUUCCCUUAUGUCUUAAUAUCAUGGAAAUCCUGUCAGAAUUACUGAAGACUGUUGCUAUUUUUAUUUUGCAGAAGAUUCUACUUGAUGAUCAAGGAUUAUUGUACAUCUGUACCACGUACGAACGUUUCCACACAGUUGCAUCUGUUUUAGCGAAGAUGAUCGAGCAACUUGCACUUCAGCAACAACAGCAACAGCCACAGGGUGCUCAAGGUGCCAUUUCUUCUUCAACAAGUUCUGGUAGAUUGUUGAAGCACAUUGUCAGAUGCUACAUGCGGUUAUCUGAUAACUUGGAGGCCAGAAAGGCCUUAGGUAGUAUUCUUCCCGAGCCAUUGCGGGAUGGUACAUUCCUGGCAAUUUUGCAGGAUGAUACUGCAACGAAAAGAUGUCUUGCCCAAUUACUUUCUAACAUCAACGAGGUGCAGCCUUGA